AUGUUCCUCAAGUAUCUGAAGCCAGAAUGUUUGUACCAGAUCUCUGGCGGAAACACGUGGAGUUCGGUCACGGGUCGAGUGGUAAGCCUGGAGAACACGUCCCUCCUGCAGUUCACGGAGAUCGAGAGACUGACGCUUCAGCAGCUGGCCAUCGCGAAGCUGCAGGCUCUCAACCUCGGCUGUCAGAUUCGCGUUCCGAGAGAGUGUGCUGACGACAGGCUGAGAGGCAACGAGAUCGUACCGGACUCCAGCAAGUUGGAGCAAGCGAAUGCCAGCGCCCAGAAGAAGAGACGACCGUACCUGCUCAAGAGGAAAGCUCUCACCACCGGCUUCUUCGAUUCCAAGAAGGAGGAGGCUAAGGAUGGCGUGGCCAGCGGACAGGUGUUCGGGCUGUCCCUCACCAAGUGCCUGGAAAACGAGAGGAGCCGCAUCAGGGAGGCGGCAGAGAGAGCAGCGGCGGCGGCGGCAGCGGCGGCAGCAACUCCGGUCUCGAGUGCGGGAGAGGACGGAGACGCCCCUUUGAGUCGGAAGUCCUCACACGCUGGCUCCCAGGCUUCGUUCUCGUCCCUUAUCGAAGGAACAAAACAGUCAACCACUGGUUCGUUGGAGAGCCUGAAUUUGGAGCGGAAGCGGCCGAGUCUAGUGGGAGGCGACCUGCUUCCCCCAGGGACAACCAUGCCAGAUCUCCUCACAGUGGAACCCAGUCCUCAAAUUCCCAGCCUCGUCAACAAGUGCUUGAAACACCUCGAGACGAAUGGCAUGCACACUCUUGGUAUUUUCAGGGUGUCCUCCUCCAAAAAGCGGGUUCGGCAAUUGCGGGAGGAAUUUGAUACCGGACAAGAGGUGUGGCUAAAUGAGGAAUGCUGUCCACAUGAUGUGGCUACACUCCUUAAAGAAUUCUUCAGGGACCUUCCAGAACCACUACUGACCCGAGAAUUAUAUGAACCCUUAAUAAAAACACAGAAAAUCCGCAACCGCAAGCUACAGUUUGAGGCUUUGCAGCACCUAAUUCAGCUUCUUCCGGUACCCAACCGAGACACCCUUUACUCACUUCUCAAUUUCUUGGCUACUGUUGCCGAGAACUCAGUUGACCAUCACACAAACACGGGUGAGACUCUACAAGGGAACAAGAUGGACAGCAGUAACUUGGCUACACUCUUCGCCCCUAAUAUCCUACAUACGGUGAAGCCAGGAACAGAAACCAUGUCAACAUCAGACAUGGCAACCCAUGCAGAGGAGCGGAUAGAUGUUAUAAAUGUAAUCAGGAGUAUGAUUGACCACAACAAAGAACUGUUCCAGGUUUCAUCAGAGCUCCUUGACGAGACCUACCAGCACCUAAUGGACACUCAUCCAGAGGCCUUGGACCUUCUGCUGCGCCGUCGCUGCACAGGACCAGAUGAUCGUGGUCAGCACCUACAGGAGCUGUUAGCAAGCUUAUUGGCACCUCAUCGGCCUCAGAGCUGUCCCUCCACUGUGUUGGACCUUGAUGUGGACACCAGCAGCAGUGUGUUCGAAGGCAGCGAGUGCUCCUCCUCCCUGCCACGCUCCCCCACCGACCUAACACACCACCACGACUUUGAUCGGUUACGCAUGAGCCUGGAGGAGGGGGAGGGGAUGCGCAUGCUGCGAAGGGAGGAGGUCGUCCAUGAGGGUGCAGCUGUGGCUCCUAUGCAACAGUCAGGCAGAAGAAGAUAUCCAGAUGAGGAAGAAGAUGGCCGUGGGCGGCGACGAGACAAAGGAGCAGACGUCUCAGUUUCAUCAGCGAGUGAAGAGCGAGGUUGGUUUAGGAAACGCGAAAAGAGUUCUUCCCGAGAACUAGAUAGAACGAGCGAAGAGAGGCAGCCGGAGAAAUCUCGAUGGUUCAGGAAGAGAGACAAGAGUUCAUCUCGGGGCUCUGAGGACAGGAAUUUCCGUCGGGAGGAUUCAGACCGCAGGCGGGACAAAGGAAAAAGUAAGGAUGAGGCAUCAGUGACAGGAAGUGAUAGGAGAAAAGGCACAGAUGCCAGUGGAAAAAGUAGGUCAGCAUCCAAAGAAAAGGUAGAAAGCCUGGGUCUAAGGAAUCAGGAAGAGGAAGAUAGAGGAGAGCACCGGAAACGCAGUUCUAGUGAUCAGUCCGUUAAUCAGGAAAGACUACAAGUGCCAGAACCUACUGUGCGGAGAUUAUCAUCCCCAGAAAUUGAUAAUUCUGGAGUAAUAACCGCAUCAUUACGUAUUCCUGUGCCAUUAGCCCAAGGAGGAGGACCCUUGGCAUUCGCACAAGAUAAAGAAAUUCCUUUUAUUGAAGACUCUAGUACUAGUGAUGAUAAAAAAAAUCGGCAACGUUCGUCACCACAUAAGGGAGGUGGGUCUCCAAGAAAUGAUAUUGCAAGGCAACGUUCAGGUAGUAGUGACUCUUACCUUGGUCAGCCCAUUACUGGCACCAUGAGCUUUCAACCAUUGACCAAGAAAGGCGGUGAUAAACAGAGUCAUGACUCUGUCCUGUCUUCAUCUUCAGCAGAUAUUUACACGCUGUCUCCCUCGCCUCGUAACACACCCUUGUCUGAUGUGUAUGCUUCAGGCACAUCAUCGCCUCUGAGUGGCGCUGGUUCACCUCCUCUUUGGCUUAGUCCUGACUCUGGAACACCAGGACUGUCACCACCAAAUUCACCCCCACCUCAGCCACGCCGUAGGGGUGAGUUGAGCAACAAUCCAAUAGCACAUUCGGUAACUCACACCUUUGGCACCAAACCUCCAGCAACACCAUCAAAAAGUAAAAGUUCCUCAUCCGUUGCAUCCCAUGGACUUUUUCCAAUAGGCCGCUCCAAAACUGCAGAUAACAUUAAAACAGUAACUCAUCAUACAGAAGGAAGUGGCACUACGCCUGAGGGUCGUGAUGAAAUCGCACGGGAAACACGGGGGCACAGGGACUAUGGUGGGGGUCGUCGCUAUACCCGCCGCCGCUACACUGGGGAAAGACACCCAACCGGACACCUUCCAGAUAUGAGCGCAUCAAAUGUUAGUGAAGGACAGACACAACUGUGGAAGCGAUGGGAGAUUAUUGCGUCAGAUCCAACAGAGCCUGAGACAUUUGUCUAGCUGAGGAGCCUCCCCACGGGUGAGGAGGCUUUAUAUAAACGCAGAUUCUGGCCUAAAUGAUCAUUUAGAAAUAUCUUUCACACUCAUAUCUUUGCUCAAAUUUUCUUUCAAUAAUGAUUUGUGUAAUAUGUGUAAAAAAGUCAAGGUACUGUUUUACAGUUUGUAAUGAGCUACUAAAAUCUUCCUGAUAAUCCACAAAGGUUGAUUGAAAUUUACUAUUCAAUUAAUCCUCGUGGCAGCAUUAUCAAAGGUUAUGCAAAAAUAAUUAUAACUGAUCACAACAGAGAAUUUGGGUGGACAAAAAAUCAGUAUGAAAUGUAGAUUUUUGAGUUCAGAAAUGUAUGAGAAUAUGAUUCAUAAACAAAUGAAGGAAAAUGAAAUUGCCAAGCAUUUCUGGAUUAUCAGGGUAACGCAACUUGCAAAGAAAUUUUCAGUUUGUGUACUAAAGGUGGACAAGUUAAUUUGAUUAAAAGUGAGUGUUAGAUGUACUAAGGCCACAGGUUCAAUGUUGAAAGUAAAAAGAAAUAACAGUAUAUAUGAUAUUCCUGAAUUCAUCAGAAAAAAAUAGUGGCUGUUAAAGAACUUUCAUGACAGCUACUUUUAGAACUUUGAGAGAUCAGCUUCAGUGUAUUUUGUACAGAAAUGUGUAAAUGGUGGAUAACGCUGUGUGAAAACUGUGUUUAAUCGCACUUAAUAUGUCAGCUGUGAUGUUUGUUGAGGAAGUUGCAGUCUGUAAGUCACUCUUUUGUGAAGAACCCUUUUAUAUAAAGUCAAUGUACAAUACAAAGAACUGAUAUAUUUCUGGU